CCCCGCCCCUCCCCUCCCCGCCCCGGCGGGUCGGCAGCCGGCAGCGUCGCGGCGGGGCUGCCCGGGGCAUGCAGCCGCGCUAGGAACAAAGCGCUUCCCGCGGGGCGAGAGCGCGGCGGCGGCGCCCGGUGCCUGCCCCCGCCGGGCCCUCGGCGUUGCCCGUGCGCGGCGGGCAGCGCGGCGCGGCGCGGCGCAGCGCAGAAGGAUGCGUCUCCUCCCGUGGGGACUGUGGCUGCUGUGUGUCGCCUCGCCCCCGGCCCGCGCCGACAGCGGCGGCAAGGCGAGGAGCUGCGCCGAGGUGCGGCAGCUGUAUGGGGCCAAGGGCUUCGCGCUCGGCGGCGUGCCCCAGGCCGAGAUCUCCGGGGAGCACCUGCGAAUCUGCCCCCAAGGCUAUACCUGCUGCACCAGCGAGAUGGAGGAGAACUUCGCAAACAAAAGCCGAAGCGAGUUUGAAGCCAUGACGAAGGAAGCGGGUCGCUCAGUGCAGAUGAUCCUAACAGCUCAGUACAGAAGCUUCGAUGGUUAUUUCCAGGAUUUGCUGAACAAGUCAGAAAAGGCCCUUUACGAUGCUUUCCCAAGCAUGUAUGGAGAAUUGUACACGCAGAACGUCAAGGUCUUCAAGGAUUUGUACAGCGAGCUACGCCGCUAUUACAGGGGCUCCAACAUCAACUUGGAAGAGGCCCUCAAUGAGUUCUGGACACGCUUGCUGGAGCGGCUCUUCAAGCUGAUGAAUCCCCAGUACCACAUCACGGAUGAGUACCUGGACUGCAUGGUGAAACAUGCGGAGCAGCACAAACCCUUCGGGGAGGUUCCCAGGGACCUGAAGGUGAAGGCAACCCGAGCCUUCAUUGCAGCACGCUCCUAUGCCCAGGGUUUUCUUGUGGGCAGCGAUGUGGUCAAAAAGGUCUCUCAGGUAUCGCUCAGCCACGAGUGCACCCGCGCCGUAAUGAAGCUGAUGUACUGUCCCCACUGCCGGGGCAUGUCCAACGUGAAGCCAUGCAACAACUACUGCCUCAACGUUGUGAAGGGCUGCCUGGCCAACCAAGCGGACUUGAACACUGAGUGGAAGUACCUGAUGGAUUCUCUAAUCGUAGUGGCUGAUCGGAUUGAUGGACCAUACAAUGUAGACACUGUAAUAGGAACUAUUCACAUGAGGAUUUCUGAAGCUAUUUCUAACUUGCAAGAAAACAAAGACUCAAUCACAGCCAAGGUUUUCCAAGGCUGUGGAAAUCCCAAAAUCAACACAAAAGGCUCCAAUAGCGAAGAUAAGAAAAGGCGGGGGAAGGUCACGUUAGAAGCAAAAUCGUCUGCGGUAUCGCUGGAGAUGCUAGUUUUAGAUGCCAAAGGGAACCUGACAGCUCUCAAGUCUCACUGGGUCACCCUGCCCAGCGUGCUGUGCAGCAAGAAGGUCACGGCUGGCUCGGCGGCUGACGACAAGUGCUGGAAUGGGAUGACCAAGGGCAGUUACCUGCCUGAGGUGAUGGGGGACGGCCUGGCUAACCAGAUUAACAACCCAGAGGUGGAGGUGGACAUCACCAAGCCGGAUAUGACCAUUCGUCAGCAAAUCAUGCAGCUGAAGAUCAUGACAAACCGGCUGGGCAACGCCAACAUCGGGAACGACGUGGAUUUCCAAGACGCAAGUGACGACAUGAGCGGCUCCGGGAGCGGUGACGGCUGUCCUGACGACGUCUGCGGCAAAAGACUCGCUAAGAGCCCCAGCACCAGGCAGCCAGAAACGCACGCCAUUCCCAAGCAGUCGGGACACGGCGUCAGUGGGGCCAGCUGCAGAUCGUUGCCUUCUGCCUUCCUCAUCCUCCUUUCGGUGGCUUUUAUCGCCGCGCAGCACUUGUGGCGGUAACUCGCUAGCACAGCUGGGAAAGAGACUGCGGCCGAGGGCUUCACUUUGCCAAAACCAACCACCCGACCGACCGACAAAAAGGACAUAUUUAAUUCACCUUGGCAAAAAAAAGGAAAAAAAGAAAAGAAAAAAGAAAUGAGGGAGGAGAAAAAGGUUUCAGUUGUUUGCUAUUUCUGGCAGUGCUCGAGCUGUGCUCUUCUUUCUUGGUCUCUUCCCCAAUGCUGGGCCCUUCUUUCCGUACCUCAUUGUUUUAAUUUUGUUACUGCCCCGAACGGGCUGCGGGGGCUGAACCGAGCCUUCGCAGCGAGGCCUCCCGGGCCGCCCGGCGGCAGCCGCUCCGCUGCCCGCAGCGGGACGUGCGGUUCCCCGGUCUUGUCCCACAGCCGUCGGCCGGAGCGCUCCGUCGCGUGCUGCUGUGUAAAGCGCGGCGGGGGCUGGAAACGCCGCUCGUCGGACGGAGAGACUGCGACCGUCGGCGCUUCUCAGGCGCUGCGUUCAGGGGCUCUUUGGGGGGUUUCCUCUGUGUUUCUUAAGCAGGCAGGGAUGCUCCUCCACUUCCACCUUUGUAUGUAGUAGGGGUGCGAGCAGACUUGGUGGGUUGAGCUGAAACAGUUUGGCAGUGGCUGUUGGACCCAAAAACGCAGAACUCCCUUUUUCUUUGGAAAGGUCACAAGUGGAUUUCUUGACUAGAGCUUGUAGCUGAUGACAAUGUUAAAUGUAGGUCUCCUACAUCUAAGUGACUGGGAAUGAGUGUUGGGGUGGGGUUUGGGGUAUUUUUUUCUUUGCAUGCUAGUUGGAAAGCCAUUUUUUUAACCCAAGUAAUAAUGGUCCAAUUUCUACCUGCAGUGCAGUACCGUGGUAGGUAACUGAGAGAUGAAAACACGCACAGUAGGAUGCUUCGCUUGACAGACAGGUGUGCUGCCUCUUCCUCCUCUGGCCCCAGCCGCGGCCGCGAAGGCCUGUUUUUGGUAGUAAGAAGGACCGGGGACUUCGGCGCGUUGCGGCCGGUUGUGAGAGCUCACGCCAGGCGCGUGUGGGCGCGAACCCCGAGCGGCUGCCGUGCCGCGGGCAGAGAGGGGCUGCUGGUUCGUAGCCCUGGGCAGUGUCUGUGCCCAGAAAAUGGACCCACAGGUAGCACCUAUGGGGGAGGGGGGUAUUUGGGGUAUUUUUCUUUUGGUGUCUGUUUGUCUUGUUGCAUCAUUGUUUUUUAAGUGAAUUCCUGCUUUCCCUGGCCCCCUCCCCAUCCUGCCACACACUUCUCCUCGCUGCGGCGGGGACGGGGGACUGCAGCCCCGUUUCGGCGCGGGGCAUGGGCCGGCGGGGGGGCUUAGCGCCAGGUUCGGAGUUGGGGGGUGGUCAGUGAAAGGUAUAAAUAUCCUCGUGUACCUGUAGGGGUGUCUGUGCUGGUAGAGCUGUGUGCUUUGGGGUUUCCAGAGGCUUGUUUAGCUCACAGAUGCGGCAGGCGUCGGCUGGAGCCGUAGGGUUAGCCGGGGUUGUAGGUGCGGGACAGUCUCCGUGACCAUUUGGGCAGUCACGUGCCCGAAGGUUGGGCUUCAUUCUUACAGGGUUGUGUUUGAGCUUCAAAUGUGCUUGUACCGGGGAGAGGGAGGGCAGGAGCGCGUCUUCAGUGUCAGGCUGCCGUGCGCAGCAGACGUUGGAGCAUCUCCUGCGUCCUGCCGGAGGAGGAGACGCGGCUCCGUGCUGAGCAAGCACGGUGGGCUCGGGGGUCGGUUGUGUGCUAAGAAAGGAACAAAAACCCCAGUUUUUCACAUUAGCAGUUUCUAGAAUGUGCAAUUUAAGGGAAGGCGAGAACUUGAGGCAGGCCACGCCGGAGGGUUGUCUCCUGCCCCGCUUCCUCGUGGGGCCGGGCAGCGAAGGCGGUGGCUCCCCAGCCCCGGCAGAGAGGGUCGGCCAGGUUUGACCAAGUGGUUGUUUCAAGACACAGUGACCAACUGUGUAGCCUUUCUGACCUGUGCUGCCCUUCUAGUCAGGUUAAAACUGAUCUAAUUUAGUGGGGUUUCAAAAAUGGGAGCCACAAAAUUCUUCCAAGACACGGGCAGUUGGCUAAGGGACAGGUAACGCUACGAGACCCAUCAAAACCCUGGGGCGGAGACACACAACACAUGGGUGUAGACAGAGUUAUUUACUUCUAGAAAUACGUCAAGUUCCACAUUACUUUUACUGGUCUAAACAAAUACUGUCUUUUUUUUUUUUUAAACAGUAUUGCCAAUAAAAAAUAGCCUUCAGUUGCAUAAAUUCCCACAACCGAUCCUGCAGAAACUUUACAUGCAAACGCAAGAGAGGACAAGGCAUUAAAACAUUGUACCCUCUGCAAAAAAAAGCGGGGGGGAGGGUUACUUGGGGAUUUUAAAAGAAUGAAUACCAAGGUCAAUGUUUUGCUUUACAGGAAGAUUCGGAAGUCUUUGCCAUUUCCUUUUCCAUGCAGUGAAAGUUUGCUGUCAGGCUGUUACACUCCAAGUUUCUUACGGGCGCAAAGGGGAACACCUUAAAUGCGAAGCCAGGAAUGUGUUGUCGGUCCACUUAAUGUUUUAACCAUCUAAUAGUCCACAUUAUUGGUCCUUUUGCAAUAAUAUAACUUCACAGUCCACAUUAAUGCGGGAAAGCCUCAAGAAACAAUUGUUAUGCAGAAAAAACCCUUCCUAAAAUCUGCCCCUUUUUGCUGGCUUUAUGCUCACACUUCUGGUGUCCCUCGGGGCCCUGAGGUUGACUCAGUCUUCCUGCGGGUUACAAAAAUUGGGGGUCACACGAAGCCAUCGGCAUCCCACAGGGGUGUGGCGGUGACACCAGUGACAAACGUCCCCGCGCUGCAGAUGUCCCUUGUGGAGGGACAUCCACGUGCGUCCUGCAGCCAGGGAGCACCACUGGCUUUGGGCUUGUUGCUUCAAAGGGGAGCAGAGGUGGAAGGGGAAGAAACCUUCGCUUCGGUGUUCCCGAGGCGGUGACUUGUGGUGUUUUGGGUCGGAAAAGCCUUGUUCUGUCAAGGGAUGCUGAGGGGGUUCAUGCUCUGGUGAAGAAUAUGAACACAGCCCCCGUCCCUGCAACGUGGAGAGCCAGGAAUCAUGGAUUUUCAAGUGUCUCUGUCUUUCAGCCUGCUCUUUUGUGCCAUAAUGUGUAUCUUUUAACUAAGGGUGAGGGUUGUUAAAGGCUUUGAGAGCGCAGCUACUUAUCAUUUACAAAUGACAAACUGCCUGUUGUUUUCCGGUGGGCUUGGUAGGGGCUAUGGUAUAACAAAAUAUCUCAAGUCCACCUUUGCUUUAAACAGAUGCAUUUCUAUCUGCAGGAAUAAGAAUUAUUUCACUUAUUGGCAUAGCUGGACAGUUAUCUAUUUCUUUCUGUUACCGAGGUACUUGUAACUCUCUUGCACUGUUUAUCUAAAGUUGAAAUAUGUUCUUUGAAUCCUUGUAUAAAUAAAAAGGCUGGAGACUUAAA